GCGACGCUGGGCGGGGUCGCGAGGCCGUGUGUCAGUCCGGGGCUGCCCGCACCCCGCCGUCCCCGCCAUCCGCAUCUGGCUCCGAGCCCUUCCCCCCGCGGCACGAUGCCAAGGAAGCAGUGACCCCGAGAGAGGCCGAGCGCUGGCGGCUGGAAGUGCUGCCAUGUCCCACCAACCUCUCAGCUGCCUGACUGAAAAGGGGGACAGCUCCAAUGAGACCACAGGAAAUGGACCUCCCAACCUGGCUCACCCAAACCUGGACACAUUCACCCCAGAGGAGCUGCUCCAGCAGAUGAAGGAGCUUCUUACUGAGAACCAUCAGCUGAAAGAAGCCAUGAAGCUGAAUAAUCAAGCCAUGAAAGGACGAUUUGAGGAGCUUUCAGCCUGGACAGAGAAGCAGAAGGAAGAGCGCCAACUUUUUGAGAUACAGAGCAAAGAAGCCAAAGAGCGCCUCAUGGCCUUGAGUCAUGAAAAUGAGAAAUUGAAGGAAGAGCUUGCAAAACUAAGAGGGAAAUCAGAAAGGUCGUUUGAGGACCCCACUGGUGGCGCCAGGCUGCCCAAGGCAGAGGCAGAGCAGGAAGCUGAGCAGCUGAAGACCCAGGUGGCACGUCUCCAGGCUGAAAAGGUGGACCUGCUGGGCAUUGUGUCUGAGCUGCAGCUCAAGCUGAACGCCGGCAGCUCCUCGGAAGACUCCUUUGUGGAAAUUAGGAUGGCUGAAGGACAAGCAGGAGGGGUAAUAAAAGAAAUCAAGACCAGUCCUGGGCCCACAAGAACAGACUCCGUUGACACAAGCAGAUCUGCAGAAGGUGCCAGGAAUUAUUUGGAAUUCGAAGAAUUAACUGUGAGCCAGCUCCUGCUUUGCCUAAGGGAAGGAACCCAGAAGGUGGAGGGCCUUGAAACUGCACUUAAGGAAGCCAAAGAAAGACUUUCAGAUUUUGAGAAGAAAGCAAAUGAUCGUUCUGAAAUUGAGACCCAGACAGAGGGGAGCACAGAAAAGGAGAAUGAAGAGGAGAAAGACACAGAGACGAUUGGAAAGGAAGUGGAAACAUUGAAACUUCAGGUGACAUCCCUAUUUAAAGAGCUUCAAGAGGCUCAUACAAAACUCAGUGAAGCUGAGUUAAUGAAGAAGAGACUUCAAGAAAAGUGCCAGGCCCUUGAAAGGAAAACUUCUUUAACCCCAUCAGAGUUGAAUGAAAAGCAAGAGCUUGUUUAUAAUAACAAAAAGUUAGAGCUGCAAGUGGAAAGCAUGCGAUCAGAAAUCAAAAUGGAGCAAGCUAAAACAGAAGAUGAAAAGUCCAAAUUAGCCGUUUUACAGUUGACACACAACAAGCUUCUUCAAGAACAUAAUAGUGCAUUGAAAAUAAUUGAGGAAUUAAGAAGGAAAGAGUCAGAAAAAGUAGAUAAGACAGUGCUUCAGGAACUAAAUGGAAAACUGGAACUGGCAGAGAAGGCCCUGGCUUCUAAGCAGCUUCAGAUGGAUGAGAUGAAGCAGACCAUCGCUAAGCAGGAAGAGGACCUGGAGACCAUGGCUGUCCUGAGGGCUCAGAUGGAGGUUUACUGUUCUGAUUUUCAUGCCGAAAGAGAAGCAAGAGAGAAGAUUCAUGAAGAAAAGGAGCAGCUGGCAUUGCAGCUGGCAAUUUUGCUGAAAGAGAAUAAUGUUUUUGAAGAUGGAGGCAGUAGGCAGUCCUUGAUGGAAAUGCAGAGCCGUCAUGGGGCGAGAACAAGUGACCCCGACCAGCAGGCUUACCUCGUUCAAAGAGGAGCAGAGGAUAGGAACUGGCAGCAGCUGCAACAGCAGAAUAUUCCAGUUCAUUCUUGCCCUAAAUGUGGAGAAGUUCUGCCCGACAUAGACACGUUACAGAUCCAUGUGAUGGAUUGCAUCAUCUAAGUGUCGAUGUCUCACCUUUCCAAAACUGUUGGUAAAUGUCAGAUUUUUUCCUCCAAGAGUUGUAUUUUGUGUUAUUUGCUUUCAGUCAAAUAUUUUGCCUCAUUAUGCUGGUUUUAGGAGAAAGAAAAUGUGUCUGUUCUAAGUAGAGUGCUUUUUGUGGAUUUCCAUAAACUCUCAAAAUAGAAUUCUUAACUACCGCUCUUCUGAUGAUAAAUUCAGUAUAUUUUUGUUUUGUUUAUGCAACCGCACUGCUCAUGCGGUUAAUCAGCAUGUGACAUCAUAUGACAGAGUUCAUGUGAUUAGAUGGAAGAAACUUCACUGAUAAAUUUUAAGAACCUUUUAAGGAGGCAGGAAAAACGAAGUGGUCAUAGAUUUCUUUUCUUUUUCUUUUUCACAACUUCUCAGGUAAUGAGAAGUGGUCACAUAUUUAAUCAAGAAAAAUGUCUUUGGAGUAUUUUUUUAAAAUAAAUUAUGUUAUUUUUCUUCAUCAAUUUAAAGUGGAUCUAUUUGAAGUUAUGUGUUUGUGUGUGUGUGUUGUAGUCUUAUUGUAGUCGUAGUAAUUGUACCAAGGUUAUUAUUUGGCUCUUUUCUUAUGAGCACUAUGAGCUUUUACUUAAUAUCAGGACAAGUAAAAAAAUACUGGCAUAUGUGAAGUACAUACCAGUAGGUUCACUGGACUUCUUAUAACCAUUCACAAUGUAAAGAAGCUAUCUUCAGUCUUUCAUCGUACUACAGGUAUAUGGGCUUGUACAGUAGUUAAUCUCUAGAAAGAACAGGUGUCCAUAAAUUGUUUUCCUGGAUCAGGUUAUAUCUUCAUAAUCACAAAAAUAUAGUUAUUGCAAAAUAAAAUUUUGCUUAUGAAUCUU